AUGGUGGUAAGGACAAACACACAGAAGGAAAGUGCUGUGGAGUCCAGCGAAUCGCCUGGCCGUUCAUAUUGGCUAAGAAAACGGACGAUCGCGUAUUAUUACUCAACGGGACUUGAAUCUCCCCUGGCAGUGGUCACAAAGUCAUCAACCGUGUACGAGACAGACAGCAAGAAACGCAACAAGAGCUCAGAGGCAAGUACCAAGGCGACUAAACGAGCAAUAACCACCAGCAAGGAGGUGGCAUCCAAGAAAUCUAGAAAGGAAACCACCGUAGUUCAGACAGAAGGAGAGAUCAGUUCACCGUCUGAAACGCUGGAAGAAUCCUCCGCAUCUGAAGCUCAGAGUACAACGGAACAGGAGGUAUCGUCGACAGGGUCGAUGGAAGUGGAGACAACUUCUGUUAAGGUGACUUCAUCUGACGACAGCCAGAGUGAGAAAACCGAGACCAUUGUGAUGGAGGAUGGAGAAACAUCCAGCAAAACGAUUCUAUUCGCCGACCCAGGAACAGCCUCUACGUCGACUGAAACAACAACGAUCAUAACUAACGUCGAGGUAGGCUCAAAGGGACUCGGUGCCGACACAGAGACGCACGAAGAAGUGAUGACUACCACAUCAAAAACUAGGAUGAGAGGCAGUCGAAAAGUGGGACCAAAAACGGUGACAAAGAUAUCCACACUGGAAAGUGUGGAGGAGCUUCCAGAGGACCAACAUGACGAGAAGGAAGGCGAAGCCAUUUCAGCAGUCGAGACUGAAGAGGUCAUGACAGCAAGAAGCGAAGAACAAGGAACAACAUCUGAAUCUCUCCUGUCAACUGGCAAGAAAUCGACCAACAAGUCCAAAACAGUGAAAACUACUACAGUGAAGACUUCAAAGAUGAAGACGACUUCAUCGAAUGUUUCAAUGUCACACACAACCGUCGUGACCAAGUCUUCCUCUUCAACGAGGAACAUCAACAGCGAGGGAUCUUUGGGCCAGGUAUACUCCAUGUCCCUUAGACGGAUGGGAGACGGAAAGAGACGUGUGUACACCUGGAACACUUAA